AUGUCCUCGACCAGCGCACCGCGCAGAGUAGGCUUGCCAAAUUUUGCGGUGGAGAUACGACAUCCAAGAGUGGAAAACUGGCCUCUAAUGGAUUCGCCAUUUCCAACCCUAUUUAUGGUUGGAGCGUAUUUAUAUUUCGUAGUCUUCCUGGGUCCAAAAAUGAUGGAAAACAGGAAACCCUUCAAACUCAAUUCUGUCCUGAUAGUCUACAACGCUGCGCAGACAUUGUUCAGUCUCAUCAUGUUUUCUGAGCAUCACAUAAUGGACAGUCCAAACUUCUGCCCGAAACGAGGAGUUUGUGUCCACGGACCAUGUCCAACAGGCAAGGCCACAUUACGUUAUGCGUCUAGCAGGAAACCUAUAGGUACCCGCAUGGUAAAUGGUUACGAGGACGUACAUAUAUCUGUCUUGCUCGAAAAGGAAAUUAGAAUUAAUUGCGAUUAA